AGGCGCGCGCCGCUUCCCUGUUGCUUUUGAGUUGGGAGAGGAAAAACAAGGGGGGUGGAAGAGUCGCCUCCAGCCGGGCCACGUGGUUUUCUACCUGCAGAAGAUGAAACGAAAAUCCAAAUUGCACCAAGGAGAAAGGAGAGAUGAUCUGGGCUUUGCCUCUCUGCCAAUCUGCAGAUACAGGAAGAAAUUAGUUGAGGCCGUUCGAGAUAACUCAUUUAUUGUAGUGACGGGAGAAACAGGCAGUGGUAAAACCACCCAGCUUCCAAAAUACUUAUUUGAAGAAGGUUUCGCCAAGCAUGGGGCGAUUGGUGUGACACAACCGCGGCGAGUGGCUGCCACGUCCGUGGCUCAGAGGGUGGCGGAGGAGAUGGACUGCCCUUUAGGGAGCAUCGUGGGGUACCAGGUUCGCUUUGAUGAAUGUGUCUCAGAGGAUACUUCCAUCCGAUACAUGACAGACGGCUGCUUCUUACGGCAGAUACUGGCAGAUCCACAUCUCACCAAAUACAGCAUCGUCAUUCUUGACGAAGCUCACGAGCGGAGUCUGAGCACGGAUAUCCUGUUUGGCCUGCUGAAGCAAAUGUUUCAAGGGAAGAAGCCGCCGGAGAGAAAAAGGCCCUUGAAAGUGGUGGUGAUGUCGGCCACUCUGGACACGGACAAGUUCUCUGAAUUCUUUAAUCACUGCCCGGUGGUGGACAUUCCUGGAAGGAACUAUCCAGUGGAGGAGAGGUUCUGUGGUCUCGUGGGCCCGAGGGAUGCUGACGGCUCUGCGUAUGUUACAGAGACUGUAAAAGUCACCUUGGAUAUCCACUUGAGCGGCUCAGCCGGAGACAUCCUGGUUUUUCUAACAGGCCAGUCCGAGAUUGAGAAAACCUGCGAGUUGCUUUUCCAAAAGGCAGAGUCUAUCGAUUAUCAAUUCGAUGUAAGGGAUGGCUCUGUUGAAGGGUUGCUCAUACUGCCAUUAUAUGGCUCCAUGCCAACAGAUCAACAAAGGAGAAUAUUCCUCCCUCCUCCUCCAGGAAUCAGAAAGUGUGUGGUGGCCACAAAUAUUGCCGCAACUUCUCUGACAAUUGAUGGAAUCAGGUACGUGGUGGACAGCGGGUUUGUGAAGCAGUUAAACCACAACCCAAGAGUGGGCUUGGAUACGUUGGAGGUUGUCCCCAUAUCCAAGAGUGAAGCAUUGCAGCGAGCUGGCCGAGCCGGACGGACAUCUCCUGGGAAGUGCUACCGGGUGUACAGCAAGGAAUUCUGGGAGCAGUGUAUGCCCGACCACAUGGUUCCAGAGAUCAGGCGAACCAGCUUGACGUCUGUCGUCCUGACCUUGAAGUGCCUUGCUAUCCAUGAUGUCAUCAGGUUUCCUUAUUUGGAUCGCCCAGAAGAGAGACGUAUUCUGGAAGCUCUCAAGGAGCUUUAUCAAUGCAGUGCUAUUGACCGGAGAGGCUACGUGACCCAACUGGGCGAGUUCAUGGUACGGUUCCCCCUUCCUCCGAACCUCACUUGUGCUGUCAUAAAGGCUGCCUCUCUGGGUUGCGAAGACUUGAUGCUUCCAAUCGCAGCCAUGCUGUCAGUGGAAAAAGUGUUCAUUCGACCAGGCGAUCCUGAAGCUCAGAAAGAAGCUGACCUCCGACACCAAGAGCUGUCUUUGCAAGCGGGAGGAUGCAAUGACUUUGCGACUCUCCUGAAUGUCUUCGAACAGUGCAAAGCAAGCAAGUCCCCUUCCAUUUGGUGCCGGGAUAACUGGGUGCACUGGAGAGCUCUGAAGCUGGCGUUCAGUGUGGAAGCGCAGCUCCGGGAGAUCACCAGCAAGCUGAAGCAGCUGACAGACUUUCCAAGAGAGCAUUUUGACGGCUCCAGGAAUGAGAUCCUGAGAAGAUGUCUCUGUGCAGGUUAUUUUGCCAAUAUUGCCAGGAGAUCCAUAGGCAAGUCAUUCUGUACCAUGGACGGCCAUGGGAGCACCGUCUACAUUCACCCUUCGUCCGCCCUCCGUGAUCAGGAAGCCCAGCUGGAAUGGAUCCUCUUCCAUGAUGUCCUCGUGACCUCCAAGGUUUACGUCAGGAUGGUGUGUCCGGUCCGCUACGAGUGGGUUCAGGACCUGCUGCCCCGGCUGCACAAGAUCGACGCUUACGAGCUGAGCAGCAUGGCCCGGGAGGAGGUGACAGAGGAGGAGAUGGCCAAAUGGAGGAACAAGGAGGACCUCAAGAAGCAGAAUGAAAAAGCGACAGACAAGUCUGCAAAGAAAAUGGAGAAGAGGAAUGAUAACCAAUCCAUAAGUGAUGCUCGGGCCCGGUUCUUAGAAAGGAAGCAGCAGAGAAUGCAGGAAUUAAAUGCCUCUUCCAAGGAAACGAGCUAACCUAGAAACUGUGGCUUACUUGCACCGGCAGCACUCCUCCAUCCCUGCCACCCACAAUGUACACUUGUUUUACCUGAAUUUGCACAGCUAGAGCUGGGGGAAUGGAGACGGCGGGAAGGUAGGACCCAGGGGAGCCCAAGCUGUCACCUGAUACCUUGACUGGGUGGAGCUACAUCACUGUGUAUAUAAGGACCGGCUGCAAAGGGACAGCUCUAGUUAGAGAGUCCCAGCGGGUUGCCUUGGUGGCUGAGAGGAUGCCAUGUCUGCUUGUAGCUCAGAAACGCUUGCAAAUGCCUGCAAGCAUGCUGUGGUGGUUGCCGUGUCAUGGGCGAGGCCCCUCUGAAGGUGUUGAGGCCAAAUCAGUUAUCUUUUAAGGAGGCAACUAAACUACAAACGACAACAAGCCCCGGACUUCUUUUGUCUCUCUUACACCACACACAAACCUUCCUCUCUCAUACAGAGACUUCCACACUUCCCUCUCUCAUCUGCCCUCCUCCUCUUCGUCUCUUUUGCAAGGACUUUCCCCCUGCAAAAGCCAAUUUACAGUUUUCCAUGUCAAAAUUGAUCAAACUGUUGGCAUUGUUCUGCGAUCAGAAGAGAAGGCCACUUGACAAAACCCUGGCGGGGAGCCACCUUUUAAAAAUGAGUGCAUUGAAAAUAUUUAUGGUUCUUACCUAUGCUGCUUCUAAGCACUGUUCAUCUGUUGGUAUUUGGCUUGGAAAGUUGCCUAUGACAUUGCAACCUUUUUCUAAAAAUGCACACUCACAUUGGGUGAACUGUUCAAGCAAGAAGUUAUAAAGCUUUUAUUAAGCCCUUUAAAGAAUAUAUUCAUUGCAAUAUUGUAUAUACUGGGGUGUGUGGGUGUGUGUAUUCUUGGUUGUAAAAUAUCCACCCCCUUUUGUUGAGUAAGAAACAUUUUUGUACCUUUUUUUAUAAAGAUUUGACAGCUUAAAUUGAGCUCUUUGAGUGUAUGUGUGUGUGUGUGCAAUGAAUAUUCAGAGUUGAUAUCAAUCUUGGAUGGAUCUGCUAUUCCUCUUCAAGUUGAGAAGGAGAGCCUCUGCUGGAGGAGCCCAGCAUCCUUGGGGAAGAGCCGCAGCAAAAUGACGGGCUGUAUUCCUCGCUGCACAAUCUUCCAAGGGCCAGAUGCCAGGGUUCUGCAGGGUCAGAAGCAAAAGUGGGUGGAGCAACAAAUACAGACUUUUGUGUACAAUAGCAGGCCAGUUUCUUCAAUCCUCCAGGCAAGGAAGAGCCAUUGUCACAGUUCAGACAUAUUCUAGCUAGCCAAGAACACUCAAGGAGGAUGAAAAGCAGGGACUGGUGAGGAGUGUGGCUUGGGGAGAGGCCCAAGGGCCAGAAAGAGAGAUGUGGAGGACCACAUUUGGCCCCCAGGCCCAUGGUUCUUCAUCCCUGCUGCUCUGUACCAUAUACUAUGCACUAGGCUCCUGCGGGGGGUGGGGUGUAUGUGCACUGCAUUGGAUAAGAGGGAUUUGCAGAAAUCAAAUGUGACCCCCUUUGUGCAUGCAGAGCAGCCUCGAUUAGCCCAAAGCUACCAUUGGACCCAAUCCUAACAAACACACCUGUUAUUUGAUGGAGGAGACUCUGGUUCGUAAAGCUUCUGCCUGAAUAAAUUUAUUUUUAAUGUUAUUUCUUUACUUAAUUUGUACCUGCUGCCUAGCUUUGGCAUGUUCUCAUUGGGUGGGAAACAUCAGAUGGGGGAGCCUUGAACCAAAGCGCCCCACACUGCAGCAGUUUGUUACAGUACAGGUCCACACUUGUAAUGCUUAAACAUUUGCAGCUUAGUAGUCAUGGUUCAAUGUAUCUAUUUAAUUACCACCACCACCCCAAAAAAUUCCUGGUACGUUCUUUGAAGGGGUUCAUACAGUUCAGGAGAUCUAUGCUGGCUUUGUGUGUGUGUGGGGGGGGGACAGUGCAAUUCCACCUCCCAGUUAAUCUAUUUUCAUCCACAGUUUUCUAUUUUUACAAUGCAUGCCAUUGGAUUAAAGUAGAUAAUGCUAUCAUGGAAGUCUUUUAAGAAAUGGCUCCCCUCUCACACUGCUUGUUUAGGAGCUAUGCCUUGGAAGAUAACAGGAAGCCUCAAAAACAUCCUAGGCCCAAUCUUGGGUGGGCAAAACCUUGGGGAUUGCAAUAGUCAUUUCCUGAUGGCAGGAAAUUGUUAAGGAGUAUCUCUUCCAGCUAAUUGGGUGGCUGACAUUUACAAAAUGGGCCAAAUCUUAGGGAUGGGAGAAAUUUGUUUGCUUUACAUUGUAACACUUUCUCAACUGAUCCCAUUCCCUGAACCAAAUACGUGAACAGGAAUGUGUUGCCGCCGCGACUGUUUUCUUCUAGAGCCCCUCUUCUUUGAAUUUUGCAAUUCAUUUUUUCCAAAUCAUACAUAUAUUAGGGGGAAAGUGCACCCUCAAAUGCUUCGUGUUAGUGAAGAAAAACCCCAAAAUGCAUUAUAUUAGGGAAAAUUCAUUGCAAAGUAAUGUAGGUUUUUCCCUGCAAGUUUAAAAAGAAUACAGCCCAAAAUCGGAUAGCAAUUGGGUGAAUUCACAGUUGGAAAAAAUUGAAAAACAGAGAGAGAGUAAAAUUGGUAGAACUACAAGGUGCAGGUAGGUCAGAGCUUGUAUAGGAUGCAUUUACAAAAAGGUCAAUUUGCAUUUGUUGCUCCACCCAGUAGUGCCAUGUGGCCCCCACAAGAAAAUGUGGCCCUUGGGCUGAACAUUCUCCCUUUGUUUCAUACAUGGUAUAUUUACUUAUAUUGUUCAUUUUUUAAGAUUUAAUUUUCAUUUACAUUUUUUCAAUGUAGACUGCCCAGAGACACUUAUUCUGAUAACAGCUGAUAGUUAAUUUUAUUAAGUAUUUAUUUGCACAGCCUCAAGUCUCUUUCUCCCCUCUCUAUGCAUUAAGCUGUGGAACAAGGUUACCAGUCCAAGGUCAUCUCACUCUGCGUGCCAAGGCCGGGAUUCGAACCGGCAGAAAACCGUAAGCAGGUCUUUUCC